CCACGACAUAGCACAGCCCCCCCGCGCGCGCUCUAGUCCACUAGGUCGGGAGCGCGACCUCGGCUCAGCUCGGCUCAAUGCCACCCGUGGAGAUCGACCUGGACGCCGUGCGCGCGGUGCGCGUGCUGGGCCGCGGAGCCAUGGGCACGGUCUUCCUCGUGGACGGCGGCGGGGAGGGGGAGCAGGGGACCUAUGCGCUCAAGGUCUUCGACAAGCGCUCCCCCGCGGCGGCGUUCAGGCCGCCCGAGGGCGACGCGGCGUGCCGCGCGCGGUGGGAGGUGUCCGUGCUGUCCCGCCUCGCGCACCCGCACCUGCCCACCCUGCUCGGUCGCGCCGAGACGCCCGACCUGAUGGCGUGGGCCAUGCCCUACUGCCCUGGCGGUGACCUCAACGAGCUGCGCCACGCGCAGCCCGACCGCGUGUUCUCCCCCGCGGCCAUCAGGUUCUACGUCGCCGAGGUCGUCUCCGCGCUCGCCGAGCUCCACGCCGCCGGCAUCGCGUACCGCGACCUCAAGCCCGAGAACGUCCUCCUCCGCGCCGACGGUCACGUCACGUUGACCGACUUUGAUCUCUCCCGCCUGCUCCCGCCCAAGUCCCCCGAAGCGUCCACGUCCACCUCAUCGUCGGGCUCGGCGACGUCCUCGCCGCCGCCUCAUCUCCAAAACCACGGCAGGAGCCAGUACCGCCACCUGAAGCGCAUCUUCAAGAGGAACGAGUCCUCGGUGGUCGCGAUAAGGUCCAGGCCGGAGGAGCAGCACAACCUGGUCUGGUACGUCAACAGAAGGGACGGAGGGGUUGACCAGGUCAAGAAGGCGAAGUCGGCGAGGGUGUCGCCAAUGGAACGCAGCAAGAAGCGCGUGAGCUUCUGCUCGGCCGCAGCGACCGGCGGCGCGGGCGAGAGGUCGUUCUCGUUCGUGGGCACGGAGGAGUACGUGGCGCCGGAGGUGGUCCGGGGCGACGGACACGAGUUCGCCGUCGAUUGGUGGGCGCUCGGGAUUCUCGUGUACGAGAUGGCCUACGGGAAGACGCCUUUCCGGGGCCGGAGCCGGAGGGAGACGUUCUGGAACGUGCUGUUCCGGGAGCCGGAGUUAUCCGCCGACUCGCGGCGGCGGUGGCCGGAGCUCACCGACCUCAUAUCGCGGCUGUUGGAGAAGAAGCCCGCGAGGCGGCUGGGCUUUGCUGGCGGCGCCGACGAGGUCCGGGCCCACCCGUUCUUCGCCGGGGUGGCGUGGGACCUGCUCGGGGACGUGUCCCGGCCGCCGUACAUCCCCCCUCCGGUCGAUGACAUUGUCACCUGCACGGGGUUCAGCGUGGUGGACUACUUCAGUAAGCUUUACCAUCCUCCACCGUCGCCCGCGGAGCACUCCCCAGAGGAAGAGCUCUUGCCGGAGUUCUGACGUCGGUUGUUUAACACUUUCACUCUAUAUUUCUUCUCCCCGUGUUUUCCGUUUUGCGCCCUUGAAAAUCACUACACCUUGUAACGAGGGGUGUCAACUAUAUUUGUACAUAAAGGGAAAAUUGCUGGUAUGCUAUUAAUUUAAAUGCAUUUCGAAGAUUUGAUAUUUUGGCCUAUAUGUUGGCAUAUGUGA